AUGCUUGCUCACCAUGAUAAAAAUCCUUUCCAAUCCACUGUACUUGCUCAACAUAAUAAAAAUCUUUUCCAAUCUAUUAUGCUUGCUUAUCAUGAUAAAAAUCCUUCCCAAUCCACCACGCUUGCUCACUGUGAUAAAAAUCUUUCCCAAUCCAUCGCACUUGCUUACUAUGAUAAAAAUCCUUCCCAAUCCACUGCGCUUGCUCAUCAUGAUAAAAAUCCUUUCCAAUCCACUGCGCUUGCUCACCGUAAUAAAAAUCUUUCCCAAUCCACUGCACUUGCUUACCAUGAUAAAAAUCCUUCCCAAUCUACCACGCUUGCUCACUGUGAUAAAAAUCUUUCCCAAUCCAUCGCACUUGCUCACUGUGAUGAAAAUCCUUCCCAAUCCACUGCGCUUGCUCAUCAUGAUAAAAAUCCUUUCCAAUCCACUGCGCUUGCUCACCAUAAUAAAAAUCUUUCCCAAUCCACUGCACUUGCUUACCAUGAUAAAAAUCCUUCCCAAUCUACCACGCUUGCUUACUGUAAUAAAAAUCUUUUCCAAUCUAUCGCACUUGCUUACUGUGAUAAAAAUUCUUUCCAAUCUACUAUGCUUGCUCACCAAGAUGAAAAUCCUUCCCAAUUCACUGCACUUGCUCACUGUGAUAAAAAUCCUUCCCAAUCCACUGCGCUUGCUCACCAUAAUAAAAAUUCUUCCCAAUCCACUGCAUUUGCUUACUAUAAUGAAAAUUCUUCCCAAUCCACUACGCUUGCUUACUGUGAUAAAAAUCCUUCCCAAUCUACUGCACUUGCUCACCGUGAUGAAAAUCCUUCCUAA